GUCACCAUCGCCUUGCGGCACACGCAUUGCGUUGUUGGGCAGUGUACGCGGCGCUUCUUGUGGCAGAUGUGGCCCAGCUUCUUGUGUCCUGCCGCGGAGAGGCACCCGUCGCGCGCCUUUGUUGCCUCGGCACGGCAGCGCCCCUUUACUUUGACUGGGCACCCCAUGGGCCUGAACUUGUGCUGGCAUGCAAUGAGAACAAGCUGGCCCGGAUCCGGGCCGAUGUCUUGAACGAAGUGGAAGACUCCGUGCAGACUCUACCUUGCUGUGAGCCAGCAGAGGUGCUGUUCUGGCAGCUCCUGCAUCUGGUUGAUGUUGAGUUCAGGGUGCUUGCAGCUGCAGCAUUUUCUCGCCGCAGCGCUCACCGGGACUCGUUGCCAUGGAAACUAGCGACAUGGGGUGGUGGGAUGAUCGCCGCUGAGGACAAUGACAUCGAACAGGUCCAACAGGAGGCGGAGCGCCACCUCAGGGCGGCAGAGCAGGCACUGCGCCGCAUCGAAGAGCAAGAGAAGGAGUUGGGCCAGCUCGAAGAUCACGUCGCAGGUCUCGAGGAGCAGCUCGCGGCCUCACAGAGCUCUGCUCAGCGCCAGGCAGCAGAGCUGCGCGAGGCCCAAGACCAGGUAGGGGCUUUGGAGCGCGAGCUUCGCGAAUUGCGAGAGAAGGGUCGGGAGGAGCCCGAGAACUCCGGGAGAAGGAAAACCGUGCGAUUGAGCAAGGAAGAAAUGGCCAAGGAGGACACAGCAGGAUACCGAGCAGCUGAAGCCAUGGAAGCCAUAAAGCGAGAGCACGACGAGGCGAUGAAGGCAAAACAAGGCGAAUUGGACAAGAACCUGCGAAGCCUGACUUCACUACAGGAGCAGCACAUGCAGUUGCAGCAGUACUGUGAAGAGCUUCGAGCAGCCUCUCACGAGAUCCAAGGAUACCUUGAAACAGCCGAGUCCGAGAACAUCAAGCUCCAUGGGGAAAUCGAAGAACUGCGCGAGGUAAUGGAAGCACAUCACUUGCAAAAGGCUCUCAAGACAGUUUGCGAGAAGAGGGGAUCGCUGCAGCUGGCCAUCUUCGCUGAGAGCGACAGUUUAGCCCACGAGCUCCAGAUGGAAGAACCCCAGGAGAAUCAGCAGCAGGAAGGAGAAGCCCCGAUGCAAAAGACAAGAAGCGUAAGCAUCGCCGAGGAGGAGGAGGCCCCGAAGCCACGGAGGGAGGCAGCGACACGCAGAAGAAGCAGCAGCGUGGGAGCGAGCAAGCUCGCUGCACUCCAAGAGGAAUACGAAGAAAAGUUUGAAAGCCAGAGCCAGCAGCUGCAGGUAGCGUUGCAGAAUAAAGAGCGCAUAGAGAAAGAGAAGCAGGAGGCCAUCGACUCUCUGCAGAAGCAGAUCGAGGAGCUCAAAGGCAAGGUUGGAGAUGGUGGAGGAGAUGCUCUGGCAGGUCUCUUCAAGAUGAUGUCUCGCAUCAAGGACCUCACGACUGAGGCCUCUGAUGCGGUGCUCCUGGGCUUUGCGCCUCCCGAGGAGGCGGCCGUGGCCUUCCAGGCCACUCGCCAGGCGGACCCGUCCGCGGAGGCCCACCGUGCCGAGCAGGCGCUGAGGUUCCGGUCGAAGUCCGCAGCCAGUGACGUCAGGAGUCGCCUGCAGGGAAGGCGCCAGAGAAAAGCGCAGGUCAAGAGCUUGGACUCUCUACCCGGAACCGUCAUUCAAGGGCGGAUCUCCUUUCGAGCGCCCCAGUGGCUUCCGUGGCCAGAUGCGGCCGAAGGGCGCUGGCUAGUUCCCACCGAUGCUCCGCAGACGGGCCGGGUCUCCCUGGCGCUUGUUGACCCUGCCACAGGGCAGUCUGACACCGUUUGCGAGAGUCUGGCUCCAGAGGCCCACUUCACAGCAACACCCAGUGGCUGGGUCGCUUGGUGUGGCCUCCAUGACAACCGGGGACACGGCGGUGUGUUUGCCCGACGAGUGCUUCCAUCCAUGGGCCCUCCGAUCAGCGUAUUCGCGCAUGCAAAUCGCGUUGAGGGCAUGAGCUGGGGCGGCGACCGCUUGGCGCUGUUGAUACACGCUCCCAACUGCCUGGUAUGGGCGGUAUGGGAUCCAGUGGAAGCAGCAAAGACGGGAAACGGCUUGUAUGUGGCUCCACAGGGCUUCAUCCCCGGUCGCUCCUUCUCUGGACGGGUUCUGCCCUUCUUCGAUCAGUUUGAGCGACGGGUGGACUACUGGAACCCAGGACAUGAUGCCUUGGUUUAUGCAGACUUCAACGCCGAAGUCUGGGUGCAGCCAUUUCCACGGCCGCCCGAACCACACGCACAGGAAGAAGUGCAUCCACUGCAGUCCCUAGCUGGAGCCCAGCAGCUGUGUCUGGCGCCGCCGCGUCGGAGGACCAUCACAGAUAAAGGGGCAUGUGUGCUACUGGAUGAUUUGGCCGGCGUUUUCGAUGUGCCGCUCACGAAGGAGAUGCACUUGGUGCAAGCGGAGGAGCUCAUAGAAGCGAAUCGUCGUUUGAAGGCCCCAUUUCAUUUCGGGUUCGCUCGUCCGCUGCCUGGCUCGGAGGGAUGCAAGCAGGGCACAGGCAGCUCCCUGAACGGGCGGGCAGCCCACAUGGCAUUGAUAUCGCCACGCGGGUACGAGCCCGUUCCCGAAGGCUCUUUUUGCUCAGAGGACCACCUUCUGGGCGGGGACGGAUCGCCGGGACGAUUGAAAUAUGUAGGCCACGGAAGAGGGGCCUUUGCGAAGGUGGACGAUGUGAAGUUCGUGGGUGAGGGCAGAGGUGACUACGAUGUCGUCCAAGAAGGUAGCUGGUGGCGAAGGUGCUUGUGCUGGACUUGUUGCGUCUGCUUGCUGAUCUCGCUGCUGAUUGCAGCAAUCACCGCAUCGCGACAGUUUUACCAGCAUGCCAUGGACGCAGGAAUGCCCCGCUACAGUUGUUACACCAGCGACGGCAACCUACCACCUCCCAAUGCGCGCAUGAUCCAGACGUGGUCUGUGCCGCAUCGAAUUUGGUGUUGCGACAAUGUGGGAGUUGGCUGCGAGACCAGCACUAGUCUUACGACAACUCCCGUGCCGACUACUUGGAUCAUGGUGCCAGUUCCGGACUUCCAUGAGGGCUUCUUGGCGCCGCAUGCACAAGCUGCGCAAGGCGGACCUCCGGUUGUGCCAUUUGCGAUGCAAUUCCAUUGUCACGUGGGGAUUCCAGACGCUUGGUCGUCGACGCAGAAAGCUUUCUGUUGCGAGCGAGUGCAAAUUGGUUGUCCAACUCCACAGCCUCCCCCAGUUCCUCCGGAACCAGACUGCGUUGUGUCUUCCGGCAACAAUCCUUUGACUUGGCCUGCUGGCAAACAAGCUUGGUGCUGCGAGCACCAUCAGACUGGCUGCAUCAAGGACAGCGGUUUCCACUGCAACGAAGGCGAUGCAAGUGCCUGGGCACAGGACAAGAGAGCGUAUUGCUGCACGGCCUCUGGCCUCGGCUGCACUACUCAGAUGCCCCUGGAGGGGCAGAUGUUCGACUGCACUCAAGGCUAUGCCAAUUGGCCCGAGUGGCCGGCCAACAAGCAGUCUUGGUGCUGCGAGCAUCACUCACGCGCGUGUCCCUCACAGAACACGCAGCAGUAUGACUGUAGCACAUCCGAGAGCUCGUGGAUCAGCGAGCAGAGAGAGUGGUGCUGCCUUCACCAUGGUAAGGCUUGUGCUCAGUGA